CUGCUCUUUAAAUAUCCGCCCUAUCAACUCCCACAUUAUUUCGCCUCGUCUCAUAAUCACACGCUACUAGUCGGCCGAGAAACGGGUCGCCAUGUCGAAUCCAAACCAACUUUACCUCCUAGCCGACCAUAUCAAACUAUCGCUACUAGAACGGCAACGAGCGCAGAGCCUCAAUCUCGAUGGUGAUUCCAAAGAUGGACACAUCUCCAGAUCCUUAGACCAAUUCCGAGAUGGACUAGAAGCAUUAGAUAAAGAGCAGAAAAGGCUAGAAGAAGCCGGCGAUGAAGAUGGCGCGCUCACCAUCUCCGAUGCCCUGCCCGGUCUGCAGAAGCAAUACAACGACCUAACCUCCCAAUUCCACGGUUUCUCCUCCCCAGGAAGCGAGUCCACACUCACGCACCCGAACGACCCGACCUUAACCAGCGACUUCGAACACGCCACCACAUCACCAACCCGCGACACUCCCGCAGCCGCAUCAUCAUCAUCAACCUCAAACCUGCGCCCCAAAGGGGCCCGCACAUCCUCCAAAACCGUGCGCUUCACCGACAACCCCUCGUCCGCGCCCGCGGACACCGACCUCGAAGCGCAACUCUUCGGAAACCGGUACCGAGACAACCCCUCCGACGACAAUAUGGGGUACCGAGACGAAGCAGCCGGUAUGGACAACACGCAGAUCCACGCGUACCACCAACGAAUCCUCGACCAACAAGACGAACAACUCGACGCGCUGGGGGCGAGUAUUGCGCGCCAGCGCGAGCUUAGUAUGCAGAUUGGCGAUGAGUUGGACGAGCAUGUAGCUAUGCUCGACGAUGUGGAUCGUACGGUUGAUCGCCACACGUCGCGGCUCGAUCGGGCGAAACGGCAGAUUGGGCGUAUUUCUCGGGCUGCGGGGGAGAGCAAGCAGAUGAUUUCGAUUGUUAUAUUGAUUAUUAUUUUGGUGUUGCUCAUUGCGAUUUUGAAAUAAGUCGGCUGUAAUGCAUGGAGGAGGGGAAGAGGAGAGAAAAGGGGAGCAAAAUGGGUUGAUUUGGCUGGACUUGAUCAAUCAUCCACCAAGUCUUUCGUUGUAUCUGGCAUGGCAUUGGCGUAGCAUGGCGUUUAUCAUGGAAGACCUAUGGUUUUCUGAUUUUGAAAUGUGUUAUAUUAUACUAUUACAGUGGACGGCGAACCACGGACUUCGAAUGGACUCUCUUUGGUAUUUGUUAUAUAUAGAAUCAUGGGCCACUUAUAUAUCUAUCUAAUGAUUCUAGAUCCUCCAUCCUACAAAGGCAUAUUGCUUUAUAUACCAACUCUCGAAAGUUAUUAACAGGAGAUAAUAAUCAUGUUGAUUACAGCAUUCAAAAAUCAC